AUGAAUAUUCGGAGGGCUUCAUAUGGAUAUUCAGAAUCAGCGUGGUCGAUAACCUAUAACUCACUAGGUUUCGAUCAGAAAGCGAUUAGACAGUCGGAAAAGGUCCCUCGUGAAAUUGACCCCGAACAUCAAAUUGAACGCGAAUAUACUCGUUUAAGUGAAGAUUUUCAUCUAGACGAAUCGAAAAAUCAACAAGAAAAUUUUGACUACGACGACGAAAUGAUGAUGAGUGGGGAUAAAUCAUUGGAUAAAGCGGCAACAACAAUUCAAGCAACUUAUCGUGGUUAUAAAAUACGAAAAGAGUUAGGAACAGGUGAAAAACCAGGCAUGGAACAGCAAAAAGAAGGAGGUGGCGAUGAACAUCAAAUGUAUGAACAUGAAAGAAACAAAAAUAUUUUGUCACCAUCAGCUGAAGAAAACAAACUUCAAACAGGAGAGGAUAAUGCAGCAGCUGUCGUCAUACAGGCUGCAUAUCGAGGUUAUCGUGUACGAAAAGAUCUCGAUAAAUAA